AUGAGUUCCUUGGAUUCUAUUUCCAAGAAAUGUUGCUCAACAGCUCCUGCUGAGUGCUGGCCCACGUUUGUCGGAUAUCCGAUAUCUUCUGCGGGACACGACCCUUGCCCCACAUUCAUGGUUUUGUGCUGCCUACUCGGUUAUCAGGAGAUACACUAUGAUGUUGUACAGCCCAAACAACCUCCUCCAGCAGACCGUUUUAUUACGUAUAAGCAACCUCCUCCAGACCGUUUGACUAGGCCCAAACAAACUCCUACAGAUCGUUUGACUAGGCCCAAACAACCUCCUCCAGACCUUUUGACUAGGCCCAAACAACCUCCUCCAGACCGUUUGACAUGGCCCAAACAAUCUCCUCCAGACCGUUUUAUUACGUCUAAGCAACCUCCUCCAGACCGUUUGACUAGGCCCAAACAAACUCCUAUAGAUCGUUUGACUAGGCCCAAGCAAUCUCCUCCAUACCAUUUUAUUACGUCUAAGCAACCUCCUCCAGACCGUUUGACUAGGCCCAAACAACCUCCUCCAGACCAAGACAAGGCGAGUCGGCCUAGAGUGAGAGGAGGCGAGAGCACCACGUACCCUCUCACACUCGCCUUAUUUCAGCAUGUGGUCGGUGAGAGUGAACUAUGUUGA